UGUUUCAAGAGAGACAGAUGAAUGGAAAAAUGUGUCAAAUUUUGUGCAUCUGAAAAUGAGCAGACUCUUCUUCUCUUUGGGAAGAAAUCAUACGAAUACUGUAAAAAUAUUGCCUGUGAGUCAUAUCUCAAAACACGGCUGAAUCACACAUCUCAGAGCCUGCAUGGAGCAAAGCAGCAGCAUGGACGAGGCCUGUAUCUCCAAACAAGGGUGUGUGGAGGACAUAGGAACCCAGGAUACGGUCAUGUAUGAAGCUGCACUGCAGAAAAAAAGGGACAGAUUGCCUUUUCAGAUCUUUCCAGACCCAGUGGAGGUGAUGGUGGGUCCGGAGGGAACUCUGGAAUGUGUGGUGCCAGGGAAGGAGCGUCUGCCCUCAAUUGUGGUGGAGCCAACAGACAUCAACGAGGUAGAGAGCGGCGAGCUGCGCUGGCCUCCCGAGCAUGAAGAUUCUGAGGACGAAGACCUGUUUUUGGAGCAGUGCAUCCCACCAGCUAAUAUUGCAGACUGGGGGGAGGAGAACGAAGCUGAAAAUGAGUCCAUCAUCAGCAAUCAGCCAAGCAACUCACUUUUGGAGCUUCAGUCAGAUGAUUUAAGAGAUGACACCCCGACUCUUCUUCCUGAAAACUCUUCUCUUGCACUUAACUAAACCACUGCAUCGCAGUCCAGCCCUCGAUGAUGCCUCUGAUUAAUAGACUGUGUUUGGUCCCAAGUGUAGGAUUUUCUUUCUUUAGAAUUUUUGAAUGCUGGGUACAAUAUGUACCCCACUAUGCAAUGAACAGUGUUGUCUUUUGUCUUCAACGUUGUGUUCUUAAACUAAGGAACUAAUGCAGGAUUGUGAAACCUUCAGUGACACAAACCAGCAAGUUAUUGUGUCAGCGAAAUUAACGUUGUUUGGAAAUGUCCUUUUUAAAUCCUGCUCUGUGUUUUUAGCAACUGUUCUCUGUGUUCUGACUAUCACCUUACAUUUACUGUUCCCUUUUCAUUGACCUUUAUAGCUGUCAUUUCUGACGUAUUAAUAAAACUUAGCUAAUCUACUGUCGUAGACAGAUACCAAAUGCGUUGCAAAAUAUGGCACAAAAUGGUCACAAGUGUAGCUUUGAUUUCCAUUUAAAAGGAGAUCAAUCAUUCUAACUACUUUUGUAAAUGGAAUCUUUCAAAUAAUAAAAACAAAAUUACAUUACAUAGUGUUUGAUGGAACUGAAACCCAAAGUCUAUCUUUAGUAUUCUCAGCAAAAAUUUAAAUAAGUAAUAUUAUUUUGUAUAUAUACAAUUAUAAUAUAAUAAAUAAAAUAGACUAUAUAUUAUUUACUAUACAGUAUAAUACAUACAAUAUAAUAUAAUUCUAUUAUAAUUAUUAUAUAAUAAUAUAUAAUUAUAUCGUCCCCAAAUUAUGAUGGUUUGACUUUUUCAGUCCUUUCAUCUUACAGUGACAAUAGCGAUAUGACAAAAUUUUAAAAUAUUUGUCAUAUUAUUUGGCAUGGAAAAAGUAUCACUGUAUAUACAGUACAAAAUGUUGGGACACUGCUAGUAUGUACCCACUUCCUGCCUCAUGAAAUGCCUUACUCUCACCAGCGGAUGACAGAGUUCAGCUGCCUCUGUAUUAAAGCACAUAAUCUUUUCUGUGUU